AUGAAUGCUAUUGCAAAUGAUAACGUAACUAAUGGCAGCAUUGGUGCUCCUGCGACUACAGGUACCAUUCAGAGGCCCAAGUUGACAACAACAGUAUGGGAAGAUGAAGGUACUUUGUGCUAUCAAGUAGAUGCCAAGAGUGUUUGCGUUGCUCGCAGACAAGAUAACGAUAUGAUUAAUGGUACUAAGCUUCUAAAUGUCGUUGGUAUGUCUCGUGGCAAACGUGAUGGCAUUCUGAAGAAUGAAAAGGGCCGCGUUGUUGUCAAAGUAGGGGCGAUGCAUUUGAAAGGUGUUUGGAUAACUUUCAAUCGUGCCAAAGAUUUGGCCACAAAAUUCAAGAUUGUCGAUAUCUUAUAUCCCUUAUUCGUUGAAGAUCCUUCCGUCUUUUUAACUGUACAGCAACAACAACAA